CAAAAUCUAUCUCCACCAUAUUCAGACAGGAAACAUAAUCUUCAACUAGAUUUUUUUUCUUUCUCCAACAUUGUCAAGAAAAAAAGAGAAGAGAAGUGUGAGUCCAGAAAAUGUUGUGCGCAUGUUACCAUCAGCCAUUACCUGCCAGUACUAGCGUCUUGAACAACCGGCACGCGAAGCAAACAGAGAGUCUGGGAAGAAAACAAGUGUUCUUGUUCUUAUCCUCAUCUCCUUCAACUUCAAGCUUAAGAGGACAUCAAUGGCAAAUCUGUAACUAUCCAAAAGUUGGGCUCAGAUUAAAACCAAAAGCUAGUGUGGUGCCUCCGUCUGAAUCUGGUGAUAUCACCACCUUCCUCCUAGUAAGUGUAGCAAUGAUCUCAAUGUAUUUGGUAGCGAACUUUGUGGUUCCGUCAUUGCUUUUCAAGUCGCUCCAAGGUGAAGAGGAGGAAGACUCUGAUUGAGAACUUUAAGUCCCCUUGAUUUUAAGUUUUUGCUUUGUUACAUUAAUGUUUUUGUUACUUUAAUACAGCUCAUUUCAUCUAAUUUCUGCGUUA